AUGGGGUGCGAGCGGAGGAUCGGCCGGCCGCGGCCCGCGUGCGCUAUCAGCGCCGCUUAUCAGUGCGCGAUUAGAUCCCGCCGCGCGCGCACCGCCAUCGCGCCACGCCCGGCCAUGAGGAGCAAGGACCGCCUCGGCGAGCUGCAGCAACUGGCGAAUGGCGGCGUGUACUGCGCCACGGUGGAGCCGGCGCCGCCCGCCGCCGCCGCCGCCGCCGCUGCCGCCGAUGUUGACGACAUGUUCCUGGAGGUGGAGCGCAUGCGCGCGUGGGUGCACGAGCUCAACAGCAACACGCAGCUCGUGCGCCGCCUGCACGCCGACCCCACCUACCACACCAACCGCCACUUACAAGACCAAAUGGAUUCCGUGAUCACGCAGUCCAACGGCGUGGGUUUGAAAGUGUGCGGCGCGCUGCGGCAGUUCGAGGCGCGCGUGGCCGGCGCGGCGCACAGCAACGACGCGCGCGCGCGCAUCGCGCGUCUGCAGUACGCCUGCACGCGCCGCCUCUACGCCGACGCGCUGCACGCGCACCACGCGGCGCUGCGCGCGCUGCGCGACUCCCAGCUGCUGCUGCUGCACGAGCAGAUCAAACUCACUAACAUGACGAUAUCGGACGAAGAGUGCGAGAGCCUUCUGGACUCCAAUAACAUUUCGCUGUUCGUCGACAACGUGAAGGCGGAGACGGCGGAGGCGCGGCGCGCGCUGCGCGACGUGGAGGCGCGCCACGAGGAGCUGGCGCGCGUGGAGGCCGCGCUGGCCGGCCUGCGCGACCUGUUCCUGCAGCUGGCGCACCUCGUGGCCGCGCAGCAGGACCAGAUCGACAGCGUGGAGUACUACGCGCUGCAGGCCACCGGACACGUGGAGCUGGGCGGCCGCGAGCUGCUCAAGGGCACCGUCAGCCACGCCCGGGCCAAGAAGAAAAAGCUCGGCUUGGUGAUCUGCAUGGUGACGGGGAUAGCGAUAGUGCUCCUGGUGCUGAUCGCCACGUGACCGCCGCAGGACCGCGCCGCGAUCGCCCGCGCGACAAACGAACUAGUCAAUACU